AUGCCACGAGCACUCUCUCUCUCCUAUGCUUCAGACAAUCCCGCCUUUUCCCUGAAGAUACUGCACAUUGGGCUCCAUGAGAAUGCAGUGACUGGCACAAUCUACCAUGCUACUAAGGAAUUACUGAAAUCCGGACAGACACUAUACGAGCCGGUACUGAACAUGUUUCCAGUAUCUACAAAUUCACUUCGAGCCUCGGUUGAAAUCGCCUCUGGCCUUAAGCUGACUGAUCAGGAGCUUGACGUCCAGUGCCGUUCAGCGGCAAUAGACCGUUCCUUUGAUAUUGUCUUCAAUAAUUGCCAGAGACUUACUCAGCUUUAA